UUCAAAGGGACGCGGUAGCAAUUUAGCAACUCAUAUAAAUUCCAAAACCUCAGGCGACAAUCUCUCCCCAAACAAAGCCUUACCGAGUUCGAGAGCUGCUAGGGUUUCUCUUCUCGGUCCUCUUUCUCUAAAGACUUGAAUCGAAAGAAUGUCUCGCGUGUACGUUGGGAACCUGAGCUCUCGGGUUUCGGAGGGAGAGCUCGAAGAUGAGUUCCGCGCUUUCGGAGUUAUCAGAAGUGUGUGGGUUGCGAGGAGGCCACCGGGUUAUGCUUUCGUCGAUUUCGAUGACAGUAGAGAUGCUGAGGAUGCCAUUCGUGAGUUAGAUGGGAAGAAUGGCUGGAGAGUUGAGCUUUCACACAACUCUAGAGGAGGAGGAGGUGGUGGUGGUCGCGGUGGAGGAGGAGGAGGAGGAGGUCGUGGCCGUUCUGGAGGUUCUGAUUUGAAGUGUUACGAGUGUGGUGAGCCAGGUCAUUUUGCCCGCGAAUGCCGUCUGCGUGGUGGUUCUGGAAGGCGUCGUAGUCGCAGCCCCCCUAGAUAUCGCAGAAGUCCUAGCUAUGGCAGGAGAAGCUACAGUCCUCGUGGACGCUCUCCCCCGCCCAGACGUCGUAGUUUGACCCCACCCCGUGGUGGUCACAGCCGUAGCAGGUCUCCACCAUACCGUGGACGGGAGGAGUUACCAUAUGCAAAUGGUAAUGGCUUGAAGGAUCGACGCAGAAGCAGGAGUUGAGGGUUGGCGUACAAGGCUCAGGCUUUGUUAGAGGAUAUACUGGGAUUAUGUGUUAUGUAGUGUUCAUGGACUUCAGUCUUCAGCACAAUUCUGUUUAAUUUGGGGGACGCCCUCUGCCUCUACUCUCUUCAUUUGGUUAAGUUCCUUCCUUUCUUA